UGCCGUACACUCACCUCCCACUCCGUCUCCCUCACACACGUGGAUUUCCACUGACGCCAAGCAGAAACAACAACAUCAUGGCCAGCCACGGACUCGACUACGACGGGUGUAAUUUCCUCAGGCAGCGGCUGGUGUUGUCCACGCUUAGUGGCAAACGGGUGAAAAUCAAGAACAUCCGGUCCAAAGAAGACGAGCCUGGACUUCGCGAUUUCGAGGCCAGUUUCAUACGACUACUUGACAAAGUCACCAAUGGCUCCAGGAUAGAAAUUAACCAAACAGGUACCGUUUUGUUUUACCAGCCUGGUUUAUUGUACGGUGGCUCAGUAGAACACGACUGCAAUCUUCAACGUUCAAUUGGAUACUACCUGGAGGCUCUGCUCAUGUUGGCCCCUUUCAUGAAGACUCCACUGAGAGCCACUCUGAGGGGAGUGACGAAUGACCCUACCGACCCAACAGUUGACCUUCUUAAAGCCACUGCUCUUCCACUGAUGAAGAAGUUUGGUAUUGAUGGUGAAGGCUUGGAGCUCAAGGUGGUUAAGAGGGGAAUGGCUCCUGGGGGAGGUGGCGAGGUUCUCUUCACAUGUCCAGUCCGCAGAACCAUCAAACCCGUGCAGCUGACAGAAGUGGGCAAGAUCAAGAGAAUCAGGGGAGUCGCAUAUUCGGUGCGAGUUUCUCCGCAGAUGGCCAACAGAAUCGUAGACUCAGCCAGGAGCAUCGUCAAUAAGUUUCUUCCAGACGUAUACAUUCACACCGACCACAUGAAGGGCGCAAACUCUGGCAAGUCUCCUGGUUUUGGUCUGAUGCUGGUGGCAGAGACCCUGGAUGGCUGCUUUUACAGUGCGGAGAUGGCAUCGACGCCUCAAGGACAAGGAGAUCCAGUUUUGCCAGAAGAUCUUGGCGUUAAUUGUGCAAAGCUGCUACUGGAAGAGAUUUAUCGGGGCGGCUGUGUGGAUUCGACCAAUCAGAGCUUGGCGCUGCUCUUGAUGACCCUUGGUCAGCAGGACGUGUCCAAGGUUUUGCUCGGAACCCUCUCUUUGUACACGAUCGAGUUCCUCAGGCACAUCCGAGAUUUUUUCCAGAUAAUGUUCAAAAUCGAUGUGCAGAAGCCCCAAGAAGAUGAGAGGAAAGGAGGCGACAAAGUUCUCAUGACCUGUGUAGGAGUUGGUUACAGCAACAUCAACAAAACUCUUAAAUAAAAUAAUGUUUUGUUUUUUUUUUACUGA